ACGAGAUGUUGCCAACGAUUAUCAGACGGACUGCUCAGCAGAACGUUCCUUACGUCUACACGAAUCCGUACAAGGCGAAACGAUUAUGGCCGCCCGACUUCUCGAAGCUCUCGCCCAAGCACCAGUUCAGACUCGAAAGAAGGUAUAAGAGAAGAGCGAAGCUAAAGUGGGAGAGACCGAGAUGGACGAAAGCCGUGAAGAUGGUGCAGAUGGGCAGUGUAGUCUUUGUGGGUGUUUAUGGUGUGCUGUUCUUGGAUUGGAAUCAGGAGACCUGGAAUAAGGAGUCCCGGCCGUUUCAAGGAAUUCGGGACUGGUUCUGGGGAAUGAUGGGGUCAAUAUUGCCCUCCAGGGACCAAGUCCGAAGGCAAGAACCGAACAAUGCUUCUGCACCAGCUACAAGUGUCGAUAAAUGAGCAAUCCCUGGUUUGGGUCUCGCAAGGGCGCAGCUUUCGUAGACCAUGGAAUAUGAUAAGAGAG